AUGGCGAGGGAGGGACGAGGCUCGAACAUCGCCGUCAUCAAGUACUGGGGGAAGAGAGACAAGAAGAAGAUCCUCCCCAUCAACUCCUCUCUCUCUGUCACCCUCUCCCCGUUCGACAUGGGAACUUGUACCUCGGCCGCCUACAAUCCGUCCUGGAAAGGAGUCAAGCUGUGGCUCAAUGGGAAGGAGGAGGAUGCAAAUACAGAGAGGAUUCAGAACUGCCUUAGAGAGAUACAAGCAAGGAGCGGAGAGAGUGACAUGAAGGAAGGUAUACGAAUAGUCAGCACCAACAACUUUCCGACAGCUGCUGGACUUGCUUCGUCGGCUUCAGGCUAUGCAUGCCUGGUAGCGGCACUGGGAGGGCUCUUCAAGGUCGAGGGAGAUCUCUCGGUGAUUGCUCGCCAGGGCUCUGGCAGUGCUUGUAGGAGCAUGUAUGGAGGGUUUGUGAAAUGGGAGAUGGGCAAGGAGGAGGACGGGAGCGACAGCAUUGCAGUGCAAGUGGCACCGGAGACUCACUGGCCGAGCCUGCAUGCUCUGAUCCUAGUCGUGAGUGACGAGAAGAAGAAAGUCAGCAGCACUGGAGGAAUGGAGGAGAGUGUCCGCACCAGCAAACUGCUGGCUCACCGAGCACAAGCGGUUGUGCCGGACCGAAUGGUUCGCAUGGAGCAGGCCAUCAAAGAUAAGGAUUUCGCUGCGUUUGGGAAACUCACCAUGGAGGACAGCAACCAGUUUCAUGCCACCUGCUUGGACACCUGGCCGCCCAUCUUCUACCUCAACGACACUUCUCGGGCCAUCAUCCAGUUCGUCCAUGCUUUCAACGAGGAGAUGGGUCAGAUUUGCGCUGCUUACACCUUUGACGCGGGGCCCAACGCCGUUCUCUUCGUGGAGGAAGCGAACUUGGUCAAGCUUGCUCAUCGCGUGUCUGCUGCGUUCCCUCCAUCCAAGGACAAGACACUCGAGGAUCACCUCGCAGACGAUGAGCUUCGCAACAAGGUGCAGGAGGUAGGAGGAUGGGAGGCAGACCAAGACAUGGGAGGGAGAGUGAAGUACAUCAUUCACACCAAGGUUGGCUGCGGACCCUCCGCCCUCACGGAGGACGAGUCGCUGAUCGACCUCUCCUCGGGCCUUCCCAAGUGA